AUGGACGCUGGUCUGGACGUGGAGGCGCACGCCGCGCUGGCAGAGGCCACGGAAGAGCCCCGCCAAGCGGCCACAGCACCCCAGCCCGAGACCGACGAGGGCAACAAGUUCCAGAAAGCCAUUGGCGCGUGGAGGAACAUCGAUCUGACCGCGCUCAUCCCCCAACUCGACACGGUAGCCUCAGACAUCGUCGCACACCAGAGGGACACGCUCACGCAGAGGAAAGAGUUGGCCCAGAAGACAAAGGACUUCAGGAAGCUGGACGACGAGAGCAAGCUCAACGACUUCAAGGCGCUGUUGAAGUCAUACCAGAACUUUAUUGAUCUGAUAUCGAACCAGUCCAAGACCGUCCAGGCCUCGUUCUUCCAGCUCUACUCCCCGCUGUCUGAAGCGCCCGACCCGUACCCUCUCCUCGAAGCGUCCGUCGACUCCCUGGUAGUCGCCGACGAGCUGGUACCGAAGCUCACAUCCGAGAACGAGCGCCUGCAGAACACAGUCGCAACUUUGACUUCACAGCUGGACGAGUCCGAGAAGAAGCUAGAGGAGGAACGAACUGCCCGCAAGACCCUCGAGGACACUCGAGACAGCAAGAUCAAGGAGGUCGAGGCCUCAUGGUCUGCCGUCCUCGACGAGAAGAAGGACAACUGGGAGGCAAAGGAGAAGAGCUUGGAAGAGAAGGUGGAGAGCCAGGACCGACUGCUGAAAGAGCUCAAGGCCAACUACGAGGUCUCCCAGAGACUGAGCAAUGGAGAAGAGGCUGCAGCGGGGGGCAGUGGAGGUGCCACCGCCGCAGAGCUCGAGAUGGUGAGCUCCGAGCUGGAGAGAACGAGCCAUCGCCUGGCCCAAGUCGAGGCACGCAACGAGCAACUGCGUCUGGAUCUCGCCCAGACAGCAUCGGCACACGCCCAGCACGUCGCGGUAGAAGACGAUCCUGCCUUCCUUCGUCUACGCUCGGAGAACUCGUCGUUGUUGCGCAAGCUCGAGAAUGUGCGAUUUGACAAGGACGCUGAGCGCACGCGCCUGGAGACUGGCUCUCGCAACCUGGAAAGAGAGAUCAAGUCUCUGAAGAGCGAGAAGGAGGCUCUGCGCGAAAAAGUGCAAAAGUGGAGCGACUACGACAAUGUGAAGCAGGAGCUGGAGGUGCUCAAGUCGAUUGAGUUCGCGACAGGCGAUGAUGACGACGAGGCGACUGAAAUGGCUCUGUCGCAGAACGACGCUGCCAGCAAAGGAAAGGGCGAAACAUUAGAGCAGCUGCUACUGGCACGCAACAAGAAACUCAGCAACGAGUUGACAGUCUUGCGUGUCUCCCAUCAGGACUUGCAGGGCAGACUCGAGGCUCUGCAAGAAGAGCUUUCGCAAGCAAACAUGGACCUGGAGAAGUCGAGAGCGCUCAAUGAGACGCUGGAGGCUGAUCUGGAGAAGGUGCAACAGGAGGCAUCCAACGCAUUUGACCCCUCUGGCGUGUCAGUAGCAGGAACCUACGUGUCUCGAUACCCACAGUCGUCGUUCGCAGGCACACGACGCGGCAGGGCAACAUCACCUACAUCAUCCAUCAUCUCCGGAUUCGACAACUCUUCGCAAAACACCCUCGCCUCACUUCGCGCCGGUGAGCAAGUGGGUGGAGGCUCGGGCAUCUUGCCCAUGGUCACGGCACAACGUGACCGUUUCAAGAAGCGCAACUCGGAGCUUGAGGCCGAGCUUCAGAAAUCGCACCAGAUUGUUUCUUCGUUGCGCUCCGAGAUUGGCUCGCUCCAGAAGGACAACCUCGACCUAUACGAGAAGACACGCUACGUAUCAUCUUACAACGCACACAGCAGAGCACCUGCGUCCUCCGCGUCAUCCUAUGGUGCCAACCCAAACCCUUCCACUGUCCAAAUUAGCGACAAUGCCACCGACCGGUACCGCUCCGCUUAUGAGUCGAAUCUUUCGCCCUUUGCUGCCUUUAGGGGUCGAGAAUCAGCACGCGCGAUGAAGCGCAUGCACAUCUUCGAACGCAUGAUUCUGCGAGUGACAAAGCUCGUGUUGCAGACAAGGACGAGUCGCAAUAUCUUCGCGGCGUAUUUGAUGGGUCUGCAUUUCCUGGUGUUUUGGAUGAUGGUUUCGACGGCCGGGGCGCAUACGGGCAGCGCCAUGGGAGCUACCGCUUCCGUAGCUGGGCCCAUUGACGUGGGACCUGGUGAUCUCUGGCACAAGGACCCAGUUGAUGAGGGCACCGCAUAG